CUUUUAUCUACUCUAUCUGGUGGUGCAGGUUUGUAUUUUAAAAGAAAGUGGGCUACGGCCCAGGUUGAACAGAAGGAGAAAUGCAGACGGAAGAUGCAACACCACUUGUACCUGGGCAAACAAAGCUUGUGAAGGCAAAGACGCGGAGGGGAAAGCGGUUCUUAGAAAGCCGGGCACCGAAGGCGAUUGAAGACGCGAAGCGAGCACUUUUCCUUUAUGGAAAUCAAACCAGCCAAAUCGUCAAGGAUGUGCUUACGGAUCUUUACCAAUUAAAGCGGCUAGAAGCACAAAAGUUUACGCGAAAGAAUGAAAAUAUUCGGCCGUUCGAGCCUGGCGGCGAAACCAGUCUGGAGUUUUAUUGCAGUCGCAAUAACUGCCCGCUGUUCGUCUUGGGAAGCCAUUCGAAGAAGCGGCCACAUAACGUCGUAAUCGGACGGCUGUUUGACUUUCAUCUUUAUGAUGCACUAGAGCUUGGUGUGGAGGAGUUCAAAGCCAUUCGAGAUUUCGGCGCCGCCGGCACCGGCGCCCAGCUAGGAAACAAGCCCUGCGUCAUUUUCGUGGGCGAGAAGUUCGAGAGCGUCCCUGCCCUGGCCCUGGCCAAGUCGCUGCUGCUGGAUAUGUUCCGCGGGGAGCCUGUGGACAAGAUCAACUUGGCGGGCAUUGAUCGGGUGCUCAUGGCGGUUGCUGAGGGCGACACGCGGCUACAGCUCCGACAGUACUCUAUCCGCUUCAAGAAGAGCGGCACCCGAAUCCCUAAGGUCGCGUUGACAGAGAUGGGUCCGCGCGUCGCCUUUAGCGUGCGUCGCUACCGCUUGCCACCCAGCGACCUCCAGCAGGACGCCAUGAAGCAGCCCAAGUUAGGGAAGAAGAAGGAGAAGAACGUGUCCUCGGACGCUCUGGACGGCAAGGUGGGUCGCAUCUACAUGCCCAAGCAGAACAUGGACACGCUGGGGCUGUCCAAGUACAAGGGAACGAAGCGGGAGCGUCGGGAGGGUGCCCGGGAAGCGGCAGAGGCCAGGAAGAGGCCAAAGGCAGCAAAGGCCGCCGCUGUGGCGGACGGUGGCGGUGACGCCGAGUGACGAAGGAACCUGUCCAACGAUGUUCGCUGUGGUGGCUAGUUCUCCAUGGAGAUCAAUCUUAGUUGGAGAGGUCAGCUAGUGCUCGACCUGUAGGAUAUCUGGCCGAGAAGGUGCGACCUGGACAUGAUCCUCGAAUGUUUCGUUUCUCUUGCAAGGGGUUGCCGUACAGACGGACCCUGACCUUUCACGGGAGGGUAGUGAGGUAGGUGGAUAGGACGGUUUUUUGUUGAGACAUAUGACCCAAGAUUUUUUUGUCCUGUGUUCUGCGCUGAUUGGGCGCCCCUGGGAAGUAGAGCAGCGACGACGUGCGUUUGGUGUGCGUACGUUGAGCGUGUGCGCGGAUAUGCCGGGGGGAAACCAGAAUGGGAACCAGAAGGACCGGAAAGACCGGAAGGACAUCAUCGCAAGGUCUCUUUUUGGGGGGCAAGGAGGAGGAAAGGUCACCUUGGGUGUAGAGGGGGUUUAUGGAGUAGAUACAGCCAGAGCGUGGGAAUGAGACGUUGCUUGGUGGUAAUUGUCGCGUUCCGGAGAAACAGGACCGGAAGAAACCCAAAUCCGAAUUUGCGGGAAUAUGCUAGCCUUCGAGUAGGGAACUGGGACACGGGUUGGAUGGGAAGCAGGGCCGCGUGCUUCGAUGAGUGGUUGCAAGUUGCAACGUGCUGAAGCACAGGCCGAUUGAGGCCGCUGGUGCUAACCAUCGCUUCUCAGGGUAAAAGAUUAGGGGGGACCGCGACAGACAACAAUAAUGACGACGGCAAGGACGAUGACAGCCAGUGCGUUUGUGCUCAUCGUGUGGGAAUAAUUGUUUUCUAUACACUGAUCGCCGUUUUACCCGCCACUGCGCCCCUCGCUGGCGCUGGUGCAGCGAACCCACAUGGGGACCCGACAACAUGUAGUACUGUGGACAUGAUGCUGGUAUGACGUGUUGGCAGCCUGCAAAGAAUUGCAAGUGGAUUUUAAUGAUGCGCUGGGCAGGGUUCUGUCGGUUUAUGCUAUGUCGGCUAUGACCGGGCUCAGCACAGUGCUGGCGAUCAGACAUCAAGGUUGGCGAGGGUGUACAUAUACGCCGACAGGCCUUUCCCUAGCUGGUGUCCUAGUCCGGUGUACAGGGACGUUUAAGUCGUCAUUUGAAUGACGAGAGAUGGCUGGAUGGCCGCAAUCAGGGUGCUUUCAGCAUUGGAAGGGAUAAGCAGUAGAUAGGUUGCCUCCUCCGGGGCGUAUGGCUUAGAACUGUAAAUUGAUGUAAAAUUUACAAACUGUU